UCUCGCGAGACCUUGUUUGUUGUGGAGCGACAGAGCGGGUGACAGUUGCGACCAGCUACCGUGGCUUUAACGCUGAUUUUUAGCCCCGUGAAGACUUUGUUUCUACGCGUUUACCACCAUGGCUGAGACGGACCCGAAGUCGGUGCAGGACCUGACCAAUGUGGUCCAGACUUUGCUGCAGCAGAUGCAGGACAAGUUCCAGACCAUGUCAGACCAGAUCAUCGGGAGGAUUGACGAGAUGAGCACGCGCAUAGACGACCUGGAGAAGAACAUCGCUGACCUGAUGACGCAGGCGGGGGUCGAAGAGAUCGAGGCGGCGCCAGAAAAGCCCAAAGAGAGUCAAGGGUCAUAAUGAAGGCUCCUGAAGACGGCGUAAAGUUGCUCCUGAAUCCCGGAGCGGCUCUUUUUCCACUGAAAACGACUCGUUUUGGUUUGGUGUAACGUUGUGUGAAAUGCUUUUUCUAUAUAUCGAGUGUUGUGACCCGGUUCCAGUCCAGACGCUGUGAGCUAGACUAGUUUAAUGUGUUCCUCUGAACUCAGACCCGGAGAUCAUCGAGCCGCCAUCUUUUAACGGUUUCAGCCCAAACGCCUGCAGGCUCACCGGGCCGGUUCUGUACCAGCCGGGCCGGUUCUGUACCAGCCGGGCCUGCGCCACCAGAACUGUUCCACCACGCUGUGGGCUGCAUUCCACCAGUACUCUUCUAUUAACACUGAAGUUUGUAACCUGUGCUUAAUAUUUAACUGUUUGGUAAUGAAGAAACGUCGAAUACAGCGACUUUAAGGUGCUUCUGUGUCUGUAAUGUUUUACCUGCUGCCAAGGAGACAAACCUCGUUUCCUUCAGAGUGUUUUUAUGCAUUUUAGUCUGCAGAACGUUUAAGAUUAAAGCCACUAAACUCCUGUA